GGGGGCAUCUCGCGCGCGAGACAUGGCGACCGAGGAGCAAAACGCGGAGCCCACCGUGGAGAAGGUUUUACAGAAAUCCGACGAAGAUCCGGACGGGGAGAGCGCGGAGGACGAGGACGAGACGAAGUUCGUGGAAUGGGACCCCUCGGGGCGCUUCGGAAGGACCACGACGCUUCUCGGCAGAGGGACGUACAAGAACGUGUACAUGGCGUUCGACGAGGAAGAGGGCAUGGACGUCGCGUGGAACCAGGUCAAGGUGGCCGGCUUACCCCGCGAAGAGAAGCAGCGACUCUUAUCCGAGGUGGAGAUCUUGAAAGAGCUCGACCACAAGAACAUCAUCAAGCUGUACCACAGCUGGAUCACCACGGAUAAGGACGAGGUCAGCGUGAACUUCAUCACCGAAGCGUGCGCGCAGACGCUGAAGAAGUACAGCAAGAAGCUGAAGACGAACUUGGAUCUGAGGGCGGUGAAGUCGUGGUCGAGGCAGAUCUUACGCGGGCUCGAUUACCUCCACUCGCACGACCCGCCGAUCGUGCACAGGGAUCUGAAGUGCGAGAACAUCUUCGUGAAUCAGAACCAAGGCGAGGUCAAGAUUGGUGACUUGGGCCUCGCCGCGGCGCUCGACAACCAGCGCACGAAGAGCGUGAUCGGAACGCCGGAAUUUAUGGCUCCGGAGCUCUACGACGAAGACUACGACGAGAGAGUGGACAUCUACUCGUUCGGAAUGUGCAUGAUCGAGCUCGUGACGCACGAGUGCCCGUACAGCGAGUGCUCGAACCCGGCGCAGAUUUACAAGAGAGUCAGCCAGGGCGUGAAGCCGGAGGCGUUGGAUAAGAUCAUCGACGCGGAUUUGCGGUCGUUCAUCAUGAAGUGCAUCUCCCCGAUCGAGAAGCGGCUCACCGCGAAGGAGCUCAUGAACGACCCGUUCUUGGAUAAAGGGUCGGGGAAGCCGCGCGAGGUGAAGCAGCACACGGUCGUGGAAGAGGAGCCGGAGGUGGCGAGGCCGGGGGGCACGAAGCAGAUGGCGGUGUUGCCAGAGAAGAAAGGCGGCUCCCUGGACUUCCGCGUGAAGGGUCGCAUCUUGGAGGACAAGACGCUACGACUUCGCCUGCGGAUAGGCGACGCGAGCGGACACACGCGGACGGUGGAGUUCCCGUUCAACACGGACAAGGACUCGUCGUACUCGGUGGCGUCGGAGAUGAUCGAGGAACUGCAGCUGCCGCAGAGCGACAUUCGAACGGUGAUGAACGAGAUCGAGAACGAGGUGAAGUUCCUG